GCUGGUGUCGAAUUCGCUUGUGUGUCCACGAUAGAGACGACCUGACUGAACUUCUCAACCCAAGGUACUAACCUCACAGCACAAUCAAGAUGGCACGCUUCCAGGAAUACCAGAUUAUCGGCCGCCAUCUGCCUUCAGAGGCCAACCCCGCGCCCAAGAUCUACCGCAUGCGCAUCUUUGCGCCCAACGAGGUUGUCGCCAAGUCACGGUUCUGGUACUUCCUUGGCAAGCUCCGCAAGAUCAAGAAGGCCAACGGUGAGAUCGUCUCCGUAAACCAGAUCCACGAGAAGAAGCCCCAGAAGGUCAAGAACUUCGGUAUCUGGCUCAAGUACGACUCGCGCUCCGGCACCCACAACAUGUACAAGGAGUACCGCGAGAUGUCCCGCGUCGCCGCCGUCGAUGCCCUCUACCAGGACAUGGCCGCCCGUCACCGAUCGCGUUUCAGGCAGGUUCAGAUUCUCAAGGUCGUUGAGGUCGAGAAGGCCGACGACAUCCGCCGACCAUACAUUAAGCAGCUCCUCACCAAGAACCUCAAGUUCCCGCUGCCCCACCGCAUCAACAAGAAGGCUGGCAAGAAGGUCUUCUCCGCUACCCGACCUUCCACUUUCUUCUAAGCGUGUUUUCCAUUACGGAGUGCGGUCUGGAUGGGUUGGGAUGAUAUGGGUUUCCCUCGGUUAUGCAUGCUUCACGAAAAGAAGUACACUAGGAACGAAUGAAAAUCCCUGAUACC